AUGACUAAUACCAGUGAUAGGAUGGAUUUAGCUCUUCUGCUUCAAACAGGGCACAGUAGCUCCACUUUAGCUGAGGGCAGCAAGCUUUUAGAGACCGUGAAAGCCUAUGUCAACUUUGGAGCUUUCAUUGUCACUGGUUUCUUCACCUACCUUAUCAUAGUGACAGUGCGGCACUCCCCAGAGUUGUGUCAGAACCCUCGCUACGCCCUGUUAUGUCAACAUUGCAUCUGUGUAACUGGCUUUAAUGUUACUGGUGCAGCAGUGCACGGUUUGCGCAGCCUCCGCUGGCCAAUCUCUCGAAUUAUCUGCUGGAUUCUCUUUGACCUGCAUGUAGUAAUGGCUCGUGGUUUGAUGAUCACCCUCACGCUGAUGUCUGUGAGCACCUGUCUGUCUAUUUGCAUGCCACUGCGUUACCCAGUGCUGGUUCAGUGCUUCCACCGCUGGGUCAUGCUGGUGGCUUGUGUCCUUGCCCUGUUGAACCCUGUGGUGUUCACUGUCCUAGCUUGUAUGCACUUCCCAUGGGAAUACGUGAUUGGGCUGGAUACAGAGUGCUCCACGGCUUUGGAAGGCACGGCUUGCAUCGUUAGUGCUUUAGUAGUGUUGUCAUUGCUGGUUCUGCUCAUCAUCAUAAGCUAUGUGGCAAUUUACCUGGAGGGCAGACGCGCUGGCCAUUUCACACGCUCCAAUACUAAGGGCCGGCGCACCAUUCUUAUCCACAGCCUGCAGAUGAGCCUGCAUAUCCUGCCCUCUGCCAUCAUCAUCUCCAGGCAUCAGGAGUCAAUAGCUGUGGCAAUGGCUAUUUAUAUUGUCUUCAGCUUUGCACAGUCACUGAGUCCCGUGGUGUUUGGCUUACGCUGCAAAGAGCUUUACAAGGAGAUACCGCGUUUCCUGCCGUGCAUCCAGGGAAACUGUGGGAGCUGUGGCCAAAUAGGGAGCAUGGAUGACACCAGCACUGGGACAUUAACCAGUGCAGGGACCGGAGCCAGUAUAGAGACAAAUGUGUCUACCAGCCUGGCCACCAGCACCUUAUCUGCCAUUAUCACAGAGCGAGAAGUUGAGGAGGGGGAGAUUCAGUGAUUCAAAUUUCGAAAUUAGGCAUCUCUAUCUAUCUACGGAGGAGGUAGAGAGAAGAGACAAAACUGUGUUUAACUUGAAGUUUGUCAGAAGAAACAACUUAGAAGAACUGUCACUGAUGUGGACAUGGUACCCUCAAGGGGACCCUUUUUUACCUCUAGUUAGAGCUUCUAACUCAUUUUGGGUACAUAAUUGUGUACCUGUAAAGAGGCACUUACAAUGGAAGUUAAUGGGGCCAAUUUUUGGAGGGUUUAAAGGCAGUAAUGUGAAGCUCAUAAUUUUAUAAAACCACGUACAUUAAUUCUUCCAUAAAAACUUGUGUGUUUUUUGAGCUGUAAAGUUGUUUGAAUCGUCGUUUACCAGGAUAACAAGGCUUAUGGUGUCACGUAAUCAUGGCAACAAAAUUGUAAACCUGGUGUGGCAGGGUAAAAAGGGAAAGGAGGAGGUGAGAACCGGCUUGACAAUAUAAAUAAUCUUUUAAUAAAACAAAAAGACACAAACACAAACACAUACAGGGCAGCUGCCUGUAGUUCUCUCUCUCUCUCGAACUGCCGCCUCCAGUUGCCUUUAUCCCUCUAGGGCUUGAUCAGCCUGAUUAAUGGCCGGGUGUGCAGCAUCACGGCCCGGCCCCACCCUCCGCCCUGCCACACCUGGACAUAACUUUACACAGUAAGUGUUAGUUUUAUCACACUAAAAUAAUGUUAGCAUGCAUAUUGUUUAUGUCUUGUGGAUAUACUUUUGAAACUGAGUUUUUUUUUAAGUUUACUGAUCUACCCCAUUCACGUCCAUUGUAAGCGCAUCACUGUAUCCCAGAUUUUUGCUUUCAUUAAAGAUAAGGAGGGACAAAUCUAAAUGAAUUUUUGUGGUUUGCUGGGGUAUGGAGAGUAGAUUGAUAUGAAAAAAAAUAAAAUAAUUUAAAGCAUUUUAGCAUAAGGCUGCAACAUAACAAAAUAUGAAAAAAAAAAUAAAUGAAGCGGUCUGAAUUCUUUAUGAAUGCACUGUAUAUGGACUUGGUUAUCUAAAAAAAAUUCUCAUGGAUAAGCCUUAGAAUGGUCAGAUGCUUUUGAAUAAAACUGUUUUUUCCUUUAGAUAUUUAAUAUUCCUAUUCAGUACAUAUUAAUUAAUCUGAAUAGUCUUUAAUAGUUUAAGGUUUUCGAUUGGUUUAUUAAGAACCUGUCAAAAAUGUUGGUAACAAACCUCUUAUGUUUGUUUUAUUAAUAACUCUUGGCACGACAGAUUUUAAAUUGAUCUUCUCUAUUUACUAGUUGCAGUCAUUUGCAUGUGCACAUUAAUAGAGUAAAGUAAACAACAAACAUCAGGCUUUCUCAGGAUUUGGACCCAAAGUGAGAAUCAUACCCCUAUAUCAACAAGACAUGUGCAAAGAAUUGUGGAAUUUGCAGUUAUUAACCUGCACUGUUAAUGGCCAGCAAUUGAAGUGGUCUCACUUGAAUUUAUGUAGACAAGCUGUUUAAAGUUGUGUAUCAUUUUGUUGUGUUUGAAUAGAGUGCUGCUAAGAUAUUUCUUUAAUCCUUUCUUGUCAUAGGUGAACUGUUCCUGCACAUUUCUUUUCACAUAGAUUCAUCUCUGAGUUCAUAUUUAAAUACAUAAAUUUUUUUUGUUCACUUCAGAGAACAGAUUGUUCUAUGUGGGCUAAUACAAAAGUAUGUUGUGUCUGCAAUCUGGUUGCAUGUUUUCACUGUUUUUGUUUUAUCUGGUGCGGUAUGUGAAAUAUGUAAAAGGAUCAAAAUUACAUACAUUUGGUUAUUUAUAUGCAAAUUAAUUACCUAUUCAAAUGCAUUUUCAUUCCUUCUUUUGUUUGCCUUUUUCCUAAAGCUUGCGUCUUUAAUCACUAAGACAAGGUCAAUUUACAGAUUUAAAUUGACAAAGGACAUUUUGAUUUCAAUACUAUACAUAAAAAAGUUUACCUUAGGGGUCAAAAUAAUCCAUAGAGCAUCUACCUAGUACAAGCUCACUUUGUCAAUUUUGUGAUUAACAUGCUUACUGGGAGUGGACAUAACCAAAAAAGAUUGUCUAAUGUUACUGCCUUAUUCUUUUGAGUAAUCAGAUAUUUCUCCCCCAACAUGGCAAGACAUAAUUAUAAUAAACACCUUCAGACAAAACAAUUUAUGGCUAAUAAAGCCUAAACAAUCUGUGCCUAAUUUGACAAAAGGUCAAUGAACAAUCAAAUCCGCUUCUGCUUGUGAAAGUGACUGGCCUUUGUUUUGUACAUAGUAACAACAGCACAAUACAAGCUGAAUUUUCACACCCUGUAAAAAUCUGUAAUACUCCCCCAUUUCGGUAUUGUGUAUAUUAACAUGCACUUACACUGUUUAUUAUCUACCUUGAACAUAAUAUACCUUUUGCAUAUAACAUAGUCAUAGUAUACAUCAAAUUGUAAUAAAUUGUUUAAGACCCACAUCAUUUCUCAUUCUGUUUGCUGACAUUUUAUUCCAGUCCCUGUAAAUUCCUGCUUUGACCAAAUGUCUAUAUAGUCAAAGAGUUUAAAUGUCAUAAUGCUAAAACAAUGAAUCGUUUAAUGUUUUCAACUUUUUGUUCCGUACUUAAAGGGACAGUUCGCCCAAAAAUGAAAAUUCUCCUCAUUUACUCACCCUCAUGCCAUCCCAGAUGUGUAUGGCUUUCUUUCUUCUGCAGGACACAUAUUUAAAAAAAUUAAA